AUGAAUCUGGGUGCGCAAGCAGUCAUUCCCAUGAGGCCCACGCUAAAGCCGGCCAACUACCCACGGAAACGUGACAUGCCUGCAGUAGUCACAAAGCAGAGUAAAUACCCACUGCCAUACUUUGCUCAUCAACAGCUCGACACUGCGUACUUUCCCCGGGACAUUGGCCUUCCCGUGGGUCGCCCGAAGGUUGAAAACGGCGAAAAUGCUGUCUGGGAUGAUGACGAUAGCGAUAAUGGUGCUGAUCUCGAAUCGGACGCCGGAGAAGCAAGUCAUCCAUCCAAGACCCGCCGCAAGCCUGACUUUAUUGGCAAUGACUUCAAAGCUUCUGAUGUGAAGAACAUGAAAAUACGGGGCGGCCGUCCCGCAAUUGCCAAAAAAGUGUCAGCCGAUCUCGAUUCGGACGACGAAUUGAUUGUUCGCAUGAAGGAGGCACGAUUCUUGGAGAAAGACAUUGCGCAGGCUCUUGUUGACCAAGGUCGCAUCGCCUACAACCCAAAGACCAUUGGUACUCGCUGGAGACGCAUCAAAGCCAAACUGCAGAAGAGACAGGACGAUCUGUUGGAUGCAGACUUGACCGACUGGCAUGAUGGAGAUGACGAUAUCCUACUCCAGGCUGUGAUCAAGGCAGACGCAGAAGUGGACAGACUCAAGGCGGAAAUCGACGGCCGAAAAUGGCGCAUGGUAGCUGACUCGAUGAAGAACAUGAAGCCUGUCGUCAACUUCUCCCAAAACGCCUGCCGUUCUAGGUACGACGCGCUCAUGGCUGGUAAUGCAAAACCUACCCCAGAGUCUAUACCCAACCCAACUCCCGAAAUUCUUGAGCGAAUUCAGUCCCGUCUCGACAAAGAAGCUAGACUUGCCCGAGAUCAACAGCAGCCGAAUGGACAACAACAGACGAACAUUGCAGGCAACGCUUGGAGUUCCCGACAGCGUCACUACUUCUAG